CACAAGUUGCCAACAAAGGACAAACAUCGAAAACCAAGGUUUGCGAAAAUUUUGAAGACCAAGCUACAAGGUCAUUUGCACAACUUUUAAUGGCAUUUGGAGCAUCAGGAAAUCGCGGUGGAUUCGGUAGAGGAGGAGGCGGACGCGGGGGAGGUGGUGGUGGUGGACGGGGAGGAGCAGCAAGAGGAGGUGGUAGAGGAGGCGGUAGAGGAGGCGGUCGUGGUGGUGGUCGUGGUGGAGGCUUUGAAAGUCGCGGGCGAGGUGGAGGAGGUCGCGGAGGAGGUAGGGGUGGUGGUGGCCGAGGUCGUGGAGGCCCCGGUGGUGGAGCCAGGGGCGGUGCGAAAGUCAUUCUCGAGCCUCAUAGACAUCCAGGUGUCUUCAUCGCCAAGGGGAAAGACCACCUACUUGUCACAAAGAACCUUGUCCCUGGAGAAAGUGUUUAUGGCGAGAAGCGGAUAUCCAUCGAAGGUGGCGUCGAAGACACAAAGGUCGAGUAUCGUGUAUGGAAUCCUUUCCGGAGUAAGCUGGCGGCGGGUGUAUUGGGCGGUAUGGAUAAGAUUUUCAUUGAACCUGGAAAGAAAGUUUUAUACCUCGGUGCUGCUAGCGGCACGAGUGUCAGUCACGUAGCAGAUAUUGUUGGUCCCGAAGGUGUUGUUUAUGCUGUCGAAUUCUCACCACGGUCAGGGCGUGAUCUGAUCAACAUGGCAAAAAAGCGAACAAAUGUCAUUCGUGAGUGUUUCCAAAGUCGUGAUCUGCAAUUGGGGUCAACACAAUUUCUUAUAGCCAUCGUGGAGGAUGCCCGCCUUCCUAACAAAUACCGCAUGCUGCUGUCAACGGUCGAUGUUAUAUUCGCAGACGUUGCACAACCCGAUCAAGCGCGGAUUGUCAUCCACAAUGCGCAGUUCUUCCUCAAAGAUGGUGGACACGUGGUCAUUUCCAUCAAGGCUAGCUGUAUAGAUUCGACAGCAGCGCCUUCCGCCGUUUUUGUGCAGGAAGUACAAAAACUACGAGAAAAUAAGUUCAAGCCUAUUGAACAAAUCACACUUGAGCCGUACGAGCGUGACCACGCUAUGGUUUCUGCUCAAUACCAGCGACACGUAUAAAAUGUGCACGCACUUGCUGCCUGCUUUUGAAUGAUCUUUGUAGUUGGUAUUAUCGUUUGUCGUUAAAAGUAUUUGUGGUCAUAUCUUCGAUACGAACUUGUGCUUUUAUUCUAAUUAUUGCAAACUUCUCUGUAUAUGUAUAUGAAAGUUAACAUUUAGGGAAUAGUAGGUUUUGUGUACCCGCGACCCUCACGUGUCACAUCAAUAGAU